AUGGGUCCUUAAAUAUUUAUCUAUGCUGUCUGCAGAAAUGAGGUAACACACUGUUUAUUUGGGCUGUGCUUAUUGUCAUGAUAGAAAAUGGAUGGUUUUGAUUAGAUGAUGAAAACUUAAUCCUGCAUUUAUGUCAAAAGGUGAGAUAAAUGCCCUUGACUAACACCACAUCUAUUCCUCAUAACCAGAGACCUCCUUUGGGGGUUGGGGAAGUGGGAGGGCUGUCCUCUGAGAAAUAACAAUUGUAAUUCAGGUGUUUCAAACAAGGGAUAGGAGACAGACAAGAGCAAUGAAAAUUAAUUGAAAGAUGGAGAAAAAAGUAACAAAAGCACUACACGCAGCACCUUCCAACUAUCUAUGCACAUCUAGUACCUACUAGGACUUUUUUUAUUUUGCUUUUUAAAUACAAAAAGAGUGGUAGAAGUUUCAGGUUGCCUCCUUGAUGGCCUACCAUUGUUGAUCAAUAGUAUACUAUAAAUUGCCAAGUAUAGAUCUAUGCUGAGACAGAAACACCAGAGUCAGGAAGUUCUUGUUCGCAGACCUGCAUACUGAAGACAGAGUUGUAAAUGAAAGCACAAUUUAGCCCAGAAAACUUACUUGCAAAUGCAGUUUUGGGAAAGAUAAAUUAAUAAAAUGCUGUAGUUUCUGUUUUUCUCUGUGCUUAAAGACUGUUCUGCAAAACCAGGGCUUAACUGGGAGGAGGCUUUCCGUGAGCUUUGGAUAGGAGUAUUUUUGUAUACUUUUCUCCCAUUUCUUCUUGGGCCAUAUGAGCAAGACAGACAUCUAUCUCAACAAACCUAGUCUGUGUUUCAUAAAAUGUGACAGCUUCCUUUCUGAGAUUUCUCCUUGAAAAUAUUGUUGUUUCUGAUUUCCACACAGCAAUGAAAAACUUGAUGUUUCUGCUGGUUUGUUAGAAAUGUCCCACUACUCUGAAGGUGCUAUGAAGGUGCAGGUCAAAGUUCAAUCCUAAUGUUUUUGGUUUCCCUUUUUUUCCCCUUCUGGUUCUAACUGCAUUUUAAAAUGCUUUAAAUGGAUGAGGAAACUUGGUUAGUGUGUAAGUCACUUAUACGUGAAGAGUCAAUUUGCAAAUGUUGCUGCACCAUCUCCCAAGAGAUGUGAGUCACUGUAGUACAUGAAAUGGUGCUGGAGGAAAUAGGAAGACACAAGCUGGACUAGUUGAGCCCCAUUGCAGGAGGGUUUGGAACUAGAUGAUCUUAAAUGUCUCUUCCAAACCAAACCAUUCUCUGAUUCUGUGAAAUGGUCUGUGCCAGUGCAUUAAGGGUAUUAAGGCUCAGCUGUUAAUAUGUGGCAGUCGUGAUAGGUGACGCCUGGAGCUGCCUAGGAUUGAGUUACAAUAUACCCAUGUUUUUUAUUUGAUAUCUCUUCCUGGCUAAAAAAAAAAACUUUUAAAAACAUUAACAUUGCAGUUAUCUCAGAUCAAGAUAAAAUUGGUUUUGUUCUAAGCCAAGGCUGUCAUCUCUAAAAUACAUUAAAUUGCUGCUACGGAACACUGUGUAUCUUGAAGGAGUCUGCCAAGUACCUAGCAGCUACUUGCUCACUCUCCUCCCACCCCUCCCAGUGGGAAGGAGAUUCAGAAAGGAAAGGUAAACCUUGUGGGUUGAGAUAAAAACAGUUUAAUAAUUGAAACAACGAAAAUACAAUAACAAUAACAAUAAUGUUGAGAGUUGAGAGUAACAGAACCCAAGAGAAACAAGUGAUGCACAGUACAGUUGCACAUCCCAUGCUGUCUGAUACCCAGCCUGUCACAGAAUGUGUUGGGCCCCCUUACAAAUGACUUCGCCAGCUUAUAUACUGGACAUUCUGUGGUAUGAAAUAUCCCUUUGUCCACCUGUCCUGGCCAUGCUCCCUGCCGGAUUUUGUGCACCUCCUCACUGGCAGAGUAUGAGACACUGAAAAGUUCUCAACUUGGGGUGAAUGCUACUAGCAACAACAAAAAAGUCUAUCACAUGAGUCACGGUUUUGCUCAUCAUUGCAAGUGUAAUUGGACCUUGAAUGCCUGUCUCCCACCUCUGAGGGAGGUGUUCUAACACUCAGUUUAGCACUAAACAUUAAUGUUGUAGCAGUCAGAGAUCCGGUGCCCAGGUUGUCUCUCCCUAUUAAAUUCAGGAAUCCAGAAGUGCAGAUAAUCUUGGAACGAAUGCUGUCAAAAAUAUCUGUUAUGUUUACUGCAAUACCAAACAAAUAAAAUGGUAGUGUAACAUUGAAGACCAGAUGAGCUGGUCCUCAUUUUCAUCAGAGAGGUUCCUGCAGCAUUUAGAUGUGGCUGUCCUCAUAGUGCCAAGCAGUCGGGUGGUUCAAGUGACAUUGUUCCCUGUUGUCAUUGUCUGUAUUGACACAUUUGUAGCAUGUGCUGAAACAGAUAAUGAUAAUUUUUUUCCUUGCUAUUUCCAGAUAAUCUAUUGGUAAUCUCUGAGGUAGAGUCCCAGGUUCAAGUGGCUCCUCUGUUAUACAGUAAGUUGAACUACUUUGCCCUUUAUUGCUAGGUAAUUAUCUGUUCUGUAAAUUUCUGAGGAAAUUUUUCAAAUCCUCAAACCAAACACCUUCUACAGGAUCUAGUUAAAUAUUUCUUGCCCCAGCAGCAGCACGGUGCUUCUGUGCACCGUUUGUAUUUCUGAAUAUAGAUCACUUUAUUGCUCUCUGUCCUACUUGCCCAGCUAUGUAUUGGGCUUUUGUUCCUGCCCAGCACGGUCGGGUCUGUGUUUCAGUUUACUGUGAGGACAGUUUAAAAGGCUGGGAACAGGUCACGUAUCUCCCUUCUCUCCUACGCCUACCCCAGCCAACUAUAGCCUGUUCCUUAACCUUCCUAAGGAAACCAGCUCCAGCCUGGGGAGCAAGGCAGGGCUAGGCUCAGCUGCCGCGCAGGGGCCAGGGAAGGUGCGGGGCAGGAGGCGCUGUGCUGGCUCCCCGGGCCCGCUGCUCUUCCGCCCCUGCGGUGAGCGCCGGCGGCUGCCCCGGGCGCCCGCGGGAGCAGCCCCGUCCCGCGGGGACUACAACUCCCAGCGCUCCGCUGGGAGGAGGUGAGAGCGGCUGGCCCAGGAGCCGAGUUCUCCUUCAGGCCGCAGCAUGAACGGCAGCGUGGCGAGCGGCGGCUACUCCGAGGAGAUCAUCAGCCUCACCCGCAGACCCUCAGGGUUGGGCUUCAACAUUGUUGGUGGGACAGAUCAGCAGUACAUUGCCAAUGACAACAGCAUCUAUGUCAGCUGGAUCAAAAAGGAUGGGGCAGCUUACCUUGAUGGCCGAUUACAAGAAGGAGAUAAAAUUUUAGCGAUUAAUGGCAAAGACUUGAAGGAUUUGCGGCACAAGGAUGCUGUGGAACUGUUCAGGAAUGCCGGCUAUUACGUGUCUCUGAAAAUCCAGCGCAGGCUGCAGCCACAGAAUGGCCCUGUGGGUCAUGGAAGAGAUGGAGAAUCAGGUGGGCUUCCUCUGGCAGCCAUUCUUGUGCCAGGCCUGGCUCUUGCUGCGACAGCAAUCUGGAUCUUGCUGAGGUAUCGACAGCGGAUGUGAAGAGUUCACGUCUGGGAUAUCACUGCGUGUUUUACACAGCUAUGAUGCAAUUUAAAGAUAGAGAAUCAACAAUCUUGUCACAAACUGAUGCCAAAAAGGAUCAUUGCCUAUCAUCAAAGUUGCUGCUGAUGUUCGUAUAUAUUGAUUUUGUUGUAGGGUGAAUAGAAGCAGAGAGAAAAAAGAGAAGGGAGAUUGUGUUUAUGUAAAGAGUUGGAUAGCUGUAUUUUUUGACAAAUCUGAGGAGGUUUUGACAUCCUCCUAUUUUGCACCAUGAACUUUGAAAUACACUCAUCAAUUCCACAUUUUAAGGUUUAACUUUUGGUUAAAGGGAGUGGGAGUUGGGGUGGUUUUAAAUCAAAAACAUUUUCUAGAGGCUUUGCCUUGUUUCCACAGAAUUUUUUUUUGAAUCUAAUGAAUUCUGUCUGAACCAUGAAUAAAGAGGAGCAAUGCAAAGGCUAUAUUAUUUUUCCCAUUGAAGUUUUGUUGGUUGUUGCUAAAUAAAUGCCUUAAAUGUGUAAAAUCUGAUCUGUGGUUUCACAGGUGAAAUCUUCAGUGUAGCUGCUCAUUUAACAGCAAUACGCAGUAUUGGUGAGACAUUUUGCCAGUUGUGGAAAGAUAGAAGAUAGCUUGCUGCUAGAAGAUUUUGAUUGUCAAAAUUAUUGCUAAUUUUUGGGUCAGAGCUGUAAGAGAAAGCUUUCCACAAAAUGCUAGCAUACUGGAGAGAGACAAACACAACUGAAUCACAAGGAUAAGUGGUGACAAGAGAUUCAGGCAUGCUGAAGCUGCAGAAGAGUCUUUAAAUUAGUUGUGAAGCAAUAGUUCCUGUAUUCAUCAAGUGAAGUCUGCAUCUCUCAGGUUAGAGGUCUCUUUUGGGGGUUAUUUUUUGCACAGGGAAUACUUCAGGUAAAGUUUUCUGUAGCAGCUAACUUGCUCUCUGCAGUCAGGAAAAUCUUGAUGAUUGAAAGGGAGAAGCUGAGAGCAGGCUGGGAUUGUCCUGGCUUUUGCUUGUUUGUGAAGAGUUAUGUGAUGUUCAGAGGAUGGGCUGUCAGCUUUAAGCCAGGGUAAAGCCUAGCAGGUAAAACCAGAGGGAAGAGACCCUCCUCUGGAAAGUAUAUGGCUGAAUUUACCUCCAGGGUCUCAUCUCCUCACUGUGAUUUGAAUAGUUUUAAAUGCCCCAGCUGAUAGGAGCUCUGUAGGUAAGACCUGUUUCUCUUGUCUCCAAGAAAUCAAUAUGUUUUGUUGUUUUUGUAAAAGAAAAGCAAAAUGCAUGGUCUGGUCUGUAUGAUGCCAAAGAACGAGAUCACAUAUUCAAUAUAUGUUUUCAAAGAAAAA